AAGUUGCAAGUGCCAAUCUCUCUCUCUCUCUCUCUUCAGUAUAUCCAUCCACCAAUCCUUUGAAAAGCUGAGAACGUACUGAGAGUGAAUGGCUGUCCUUGUUACACACCACUCUAUCCCCAAACCACAAUUAUACUUUCCUUUUUAACACUCUUCGAGUCUUUAGUAUAUCUUCUUCUCUUUCUCUCUGUGUCUCUCUUUCUGUGCCUGUGCAAUGGCAACCCUGCAGUCACUUGCAUUCUCCUCUCCAGUCUCACACUGUCUGCAGCAACCACGCCUUCAUUCUGGCUUGUUAUCUUGGACUGUCCAUAGAAGUGCAAAGUCCACGUUCAAUGGUCAAUCUUUGCACGUGUCUCGUCCCCAAUGGGCGCCAAUAAGACGGUGUACUCAAGCAUCUAGAUCUAUUACAAUGAUGGUCAAACCAAAAAUUCAGUUUAUCCAAGGAACUGAUGAACAGACAAUACCAGAUGUGAGGCUAACUAAAUCAAAAGAUGGUACAAAUGGCGUGGCUAUAUUCAAGUUUGAGCAACCUUCUGUUUUUGACUCCUCUGGUGAAUUUGGUGACAUCACUGGAUUUUACAUGAUUGAUGAAGAAGGUGUUCUUCAAUCAGUUGAUGUCAAUGCCAAAUUUGUCAAUGGAAAGCCUGCAGGAAUUGAAGCAAAGUAUACGAUGCGGACUCCGAGAGAUUGGGACAGAUUCAUGAGAUUCAUGGAACGCUAUGCUAAUGAUAAUGGCUUGCAAUUCAUCAAAAAAUGAGGCAAUGUAUAUCCUUAUCUGUUGUCUUUCUCCUCCCUGUCAUCUCCUCCAUGUUGGCUUUCUUCAAAGUCAAAUGAAACUCGGGAAUCUUAUUAGUCCACACAUGUAGUUUAAUGCAAGUACAGCGUGGUCCCUUCUGAUUCAACCAAUUUUUCUGUUCUUAUUGAGAUUUAUGUCAGUAUUAUGUAUUUUGAGUUAUAGAGGUGAGAAAGAUUGUGUUUCAAAGCCUUAUUUCUUUUAAUUACUCUGUUGUGAUUUGAAGAAAUGAUACGAUGGUGACAGAUUAAACAAUUCAGUC